AUAACUAACUGGACAAAAAGCUUACAUUAUUAAUUUUUCUUCCUUAGCGGGAGAACGAAGCUUCGAAUCAAUUUUCCACUUCAAUGGCCACUCUUCCUGCUUCUCCUUCUCCACCUUGGCCAAACCCUAACCCUAAUCUCAAUUCAAUUCCGAACCCUAAUUUCCAUCCUGAUCAAUCUCAAACCCUUGACUUCGAUUCCCUAAUGUCUCCACAAUCUCACCAUGCUUCCACCGAUUCACCGGAGUCUCCCCCCGCCACACCGCCGUCGCUUCUUCAACUCUCCUUUAACCAGGACCACGCCUGCUUCGCUGCCGCCACUGAUAACGGCUUUCGCAUAUAUAACUGCGACCCUUUCCGCGAACUUUUUCACUGGGAAUUCGGUGGCGGAGGAAUCGGCCAUGUGGAGAUGCUUUUCCGAUGUAACAUAUUAGCACUUGUCGGCGGUGGGUCUCACCCUCAGUACCCUCCCACCAAAGUCAUGAUCUGGGAUGAUCAUCAAGGUACGUGCAUCGGUGAACUCUCGUUCCGUUCUCCCGUUAGCGGUGUUCGGCUUCGGCGGGAUCGAAUAAUCGUCGUGGUGGAGCAGAAGAUAUUUGUAUAUAAUUUCGCUGACUUGAAGCUGUUGCAUCAGAUUGAAACCAUUGCGAACCCUAAGGGGCUUUGUGAAGUUUCGCACUUGACAGAUUCUCUUGUUCUCGCUUGCCCUGGUUUGCAUAAAGGCCAAAUUCGUAUUGAGCACUUUUCCCAGAAGAGGACCAAGUUUAUUUCUGCUCAUGAUUCGAGAAUAGCUUGCUUCGCUCUCACGCUUGAUGGGCAGUUUAUCGCCACUGCCAGCACCAAGGGUACUCUGAUUCGGAUUUAUGAUGCUGAACUCGGCACACUACUUCAGGAGGUAAGAAGAGGUGCAAAUGCUGCAGAGAUAUAUAGUUUGGCGUUUUCUUCCACUGCUCAGUGGUUAGCAGUUUCCAGUGACAAGGGUACUGUCCAUGUUUUUGGCCUUAAGGUUAAUCCCAAUGUCCCUGAGAAUGAAAACUCCCAUGGGUCGUCGAGUUCAGAUGCCGCCAUUGCCUCACCUAGCUCGUCUCGCUCCUUCAUUAAAUUUAAAGGAGUGUUGCCCAAGUAUUUCAAUUCAGAGUGGUCAGUUGCUCGGUUUCACUUACACGAGGGCACUCAGUACACUGUUGCAUUUGGUGUCGAAAAGAAUACAGUCAUAAUUCUUGGCAUGGAUGGAAGGUAUGAUACGAGGAAGUGA